AUGCACUUACCAAACCAACAAUUAGUUCUUUUUAAUGCGCAUUCAAAUCCAAGUGAAAUUUUAUCAACAGCCAUGCAUAUAAAACUCAUGAGAUUCUUUAAAGAGCCUGGCACUGUUGAAAAAGAAGUGAAAACAAAUGUCACCUAUCCAACAUUCAAACAAGCUGCGCAACAAUUAGGUCUUUUAGAAAGUGACAAUGAAUGGUUUAACUGCUUAUCUGAAGCAAGCCUUUUUCAAAUGCCAUUACAGCUACGCCUCUUAUUUGCAACUAUAUUAGUUUAUUGCCAGCCAGCAGGUGUCAGAGAUUUGUGGGAUGCUUACUUGCUGGUUCUAACAGAAGAUUUCGUAUAUGCUGCACAACAGCUUGGCCAAAACGCCACACCAGAGGAUCCUUUAAUAAUAAGCCGUGCUUUACUUGAAAUUGAAGAUCAUAUUAGACAAUGUGGAAAGAGCCUUGAAGACUUUUCUGAAUUACCUGCCAUACAUUAUGAUUUACUGAAUUGUAAUAGACAAACACAGCUUUUUAUAGAAGAGACAACUUUUCUACAGGACAAAUUGCAGCAGAUUCUUGAAGGUCGGCUACAGGAACUAAUUAAUUACAUAUACAGUAACCUACAAACAAGAUGGAAUAAUCAUCAAUAUCUUUUGGAACAUGCAAUUUUGACAACCAAAAAUCAAGGAGUUGCUAAAAUCAAUAAUUUGAUCUUAUCUGAUUUUUCUGGUGAGGAAAAGACUUAUUGCUCUGCAGACUCUGUUGGGGAUGCUGAGAGUAUUAAUAAUAAUUUAUAUCCUCCAGAGUUUCUUAAUACACUUUUUCCAAAUAGUAUGCCUCCUCACAAAUUAAAUCUUAAAAAAAGUGUACCCAUUAUAUUACUUCGCAAUCUAAACGCAAAAAAAGAUUUGUGCAAUGGGACAUGCCUAAUCAUUCGAGACUUUCAACAACAUGUACUUGAUGCUGAAGUUGUUACAGGUUUAUGUCCAGGAUUACGUGUUUUCAUUCCACAUAUAGUUCUUGAGCCAUCUGAUACAGAACUUCCAUUCAAGCUCCGUCGACGUCAAUUUUCAAUUAAGUUGGCCUUUGCUUUAACAAUAAAUAAAGCACAGGGCCAAACUAUUCCAAACCUUAGGCUUUACCUUCCAGAGCCAGUAUUUACUCACGGACAAUUGUAUGUGGCUCUUUCCCGA